AAAUCCUCCCUCUGCUGCGAGAGUGGCUUCUGCGUGCUGCACGUCUGAGAGCUGACGAACACAAAGGCUGAACUUCUACAGGCGCCUCUCCACCUCCUCUCCACCUCUACUCCACCUCCUCUCCACCUCUACUCCGCCGGCCUCUUGACGAAGCCAUCUUUCCGGUUUAAUCUACGCAGACGCCGAAACUCCUACAGCAACCAUGUUCGAGGCUCGCCUGGUGCAGGGCUCCAUCCUGAAGAAGGUGCUCGAGGCUCUGAAGGACCUGAUCACAGAAGCCUGCUGGGACGUCAGCUCGUCCGGCAUCUCCCUGCAGAGCAUGGACUCGUCCCACGUGUCGCUGGUGCAGCUCACGCUGCGGCACGACGGCUUCGACUCGUACCGCUGCGACAGGAACCUCGCCAUGGGAGUCAACCUCAGCAGUAUGUCCAAAAUCCUGAAGUGUGCCGGAAAUGAAGACAUCAUCACCCUCAGAGCGGAAGACAAUGCAGACACACUGGCCCUAGUGUUUGAGACUGUCAACCAGGGGAAAGUGUCAGAUUACGAGAUGAAGUUGAUGGACCUCGACGUGGAGCAGCUCGGUAUUCCAGAGCAGGAGUACAGCUGCGUGGUGAAGAUGCCCUCUGGGGAGUUUGCCCGCAUCUGCCGCGACCUGUCCCAGAUCGGUGACGCCGUCAUGAUCUCCUGCGCCAAAGACGGAGUCAAGUUCUCCACCUCAGGCGAGCUCGGCACGGGGAACGUCAAGCUGUCCCAGACCACCAACGUGGACAAGGAGGACGAGGCGGUCACUAUUGAGAUGAACGAACCCGUCCAGCUGAUCUUUGCCCUCAACUACUUGAACUUCUUCACCAAGGCAACGCCGCUGUCCAAGACCGUCACCCUCAGCAUGUCCGCCGAUAUCCCCCUCGUGGUGGAGUACAAGAUCGCUGAUAUGGGACACGUCAAAUACUACUUGGCACCCAAGAUCGACGAAGAAGCUUCCUAAGUUGUUAAAUACCGGUCCUGCUAGGGGAGAAAAGAGGAGAGCAGUGAAGGAUCAAUGAUGCCACCUGUGUGACGGCGGGUACGUGUUUUGGACUCUUCUUUGUUCAAAACGACGCUCCGUGUUGUUUUCCGACUUCGUCUGUGUAGAUUCUUGCGCUCUAUUUUUUGCCCCGUUUUUGGUAACGGUGCAUAUCAAUUGAACCUUCCUCCUUGUAGAUAACACAUUUGUAAAUACUUCCUGUGGUCAGCGAAACCCAAAUGUUUUUGUAUUCUGUGAUGCAGUCCAAAAUAAAUAAUAAAAUUAA